AUGCUCUUUCAGCUGUUCUUCUUUGCCAUGCUGGCUGUCUGUGGCUUCUCAGAGGAGCAGAUAGAAGGCAUCACCAUUGCCUACAAAGUACUGGAAGUUUAUCCCCAAAGCCAGCGAGUGCUUAUAACCUGCGACGCCCCCGAGGCGCCCCGGCCCAUCACGUACUCUCUCCUGGCUAGCCGAGGUGUCCUGGUGGCUAAAAGGGUUGUGCAUGACUCCACACCGGCCUCCUUCAACAUCAACAUCACGAUCAAGUCCAGCCCGGACCUGCUCACCUACUCCUGCCAGGCAGCCUCGAACUCGGACACCUACGGGCCCAGCAGAAAGCUGCAGAUGUACCAGGAACUGUGGGCUAAGCCAGUGUCUCAGCUGCAGGCUGACUUCAUCCUACAUGAUGGGGACUCAGGCCCCACUGUGGAGCUGUCCUGCCUGGCAUCCUCAGGCAGCCCCCCCAUCACCUACCGCUUGAUGGGGAAUGAUGGGCGUGUACUUGCACAGCAAAGGCCACUCCAUGGAAAACCUGCCAACUUCUCCCUCCCGCUGUCCCAGACCUCUGGCUGGUUCCAGUGUGAAGCUGAAAACAGAGUCAGUGUGGACAGCAGUGCCCGCAUCCCGCUGCCCCGAGCAGAGGCUCAGUCCAAGCUGGUAGCCACCCUCCCAGGGGAGCUGCCCCUCACACCCACCUGUAUUCUGGCCGGCAGCCUCAUCUCCAUCGCUGUUGUUGCUUCCAGGAUGCUGAGCUCGACCAGGUUGUGA